UACCCGUAUGUCCGCCUUGUGUCAACGCGUACUGUCACUAACAACCUAUUUGUAAGAACUUCCCUAUUGCACGGACUCGGUAUUCAUUUUAACCCCGGGCGGGGCAGUUCAUUUAUUUUUGUCCUCUUGUGCCGUGACGUCACUUGGUGGGUGUAAUCUGGCCUCGUGACGUCACGUACCCUGGUUCUCCACGUCGGAGAGUUCGGAGCCUGCUGGAGACGUCAUCUGACCAGUAGGAAGGAUGCAGCCACCCGGCCCUGCGUUGCUUAAUAGUAACCCCAAUCCGGGGGACUUCACCUUCGUGUCUUCAACAGAGGCGAACGAUCUCAGUGGCUCCAUUGCGUCUCCUGAUGUAAAGCUUAAUCUUGGUGGAGAUUUUUCUAGAGAAUCGACAGCCACAACAUUUCUUCGUCAGCGGGGCUAUGGUUGGCUUCUUGAAGUGGAGGAAAAUGAUCCAGAAGACAAUAAGCCUCUCUUGGAAGAACUAGACAUUGAUCUUAAAGACAUUUACUACAAAAUCCGCUGUGUUCUGAUGCCAAUGCCAUCUCUUGGGUUUAACAGACAAGUUGUAAAGGACAACCCUGAUUUUUGGGGCCCACUAGCAGUUGUUCUGUUUUUUUCGAUGAUCUCUUUGUACGGUCAGUUCAGAGUCGUAUCUUGGAUAAUCACAAUUUGGAUAUUUGGAUCGCUGACAAUUUUUCUUCUUGCUAGGGUACUUGGAGGAGAUGUGGCUUAUGGGCAAGUGCUUGGAGUAAUAGGUUAUUCCUUGCUUCCGUUGAUUGUAAUAGCCCCUGCACUGCUAGUAGUUGGAUCAUUUGAAAUUGUGUCUACAGUAAUAAAACUCUUUGGAGUGUUUUGGGCUGCCUACAGUGCCGCAUCCUUAUUAGUUGGAGAAGAAUUCAAAACGAAGAAGCCCCUUCUAAUUUAUCCUAUAUUUUUGCUGUAUAUCUACUUCCUAUCUUUAUACACAGGAGUGUGACAAUGUUUCCGAGAUGCCCAGUUAGUUUGGUACAUUGAGAUAUAUAUAUAUAUGCUGGAGGGUUUGGUGAGGGUUCUUUUGAUGGAAAUCCUUUGCAAACCUUGGGUCUGUAUUACCCGUAUUUGUGUAUAUAAUUAACCCCUAGCAGAGUCUUAGGGGCCUAAUGUAUAUUACAAUAUUUUGAGGUCUCUUAGCUGUCAAGGGAUUUGCAAAAGAAAUUACACUAUAACUUUUUUAUGAAAACAAGAAAAAAUGUUGGCAAUUUUAUUUGUCUCCAUUUUAACUUUUAAUGAAAAGAUGUUAAUAAAGCAGUACUUAACCUAUUGUUUUCAGCUUGUCAGGUGAAUGGAUUUUAUCAGUCGACUGUUAAAAGAUUAAAGAUAACCACGUGUAGAUAUUUUGCGUUUAAAACUGUUUUAAGGAGAGUGCCUACCAAUAUAUAUCUAAUAGUCUUCAAAUUCUGAAGAUGGUAUAUACUUGGUAAAGAAUGAAUCAAAAUCAAAUGCCAUCUUAUUAUAGAAUGUAAAGUGAGAGAUGUUUGUGCACAGUUUGCCAGUCUUACUCUCCAUUCUAAUUGCACAGAAAUUGUGUUCAAAUUUAAACUGACCAAUGGCAGUAUAGAUAGCAUACAGCUUUAUUUGUUUUUUUAAAAUAUAAACAUGGUAUAUUACUGUGUUGCCAAAGAUCAACAUACAAAAUUACUGUUUUAAAAACCUUAAAAAUUCAUGACUUUAGCAAAACUCGCAUUGUUUUGCAGUCCAUAUAUCUUUUGCUUUAGCUAAUUUGGGACAUCGAUAAAUGGUCUCAUGCACGUAUAAAGCAUUCAUUGUGUUGAAUGUUGCAGGGCAAAGGUUUUGAUUCUCUAUGGCCCAUGGCCGAGGUAAAUUUAUUGGAUGAUGCACUCCCUGCGAAAGUUGGAAAUAAAUGAAAGGGAAAUAAAAAAGAAUAAACUAAAAAUAAUAAGUUUAAUAAAAAAAUUAAUAUAUAUAUAUAUAUAUAUAUAUAUAUAUAUAUAUAUAUAUAUAUAUAUAUAUAUAUAUAUAUAUAUAUACACACUAAAGGAAUUUCCUGAAGUUCCAUUUAAUUCCCUAAAACAGAAUUAAUUUAGACUGUGCACUUUUUGUGUAGUGACCCCUUUUUUAUGGUUGCUUUUUUAUGGCAUGAAAAGUUCCAGCCAUAUAGUUUUAAUUCCAAAAAAUAACAAAUGUUUGUUUGUUGCCAGGAUUUGAUACUAUUUAUUUUGUCAGUGGAAGUUAAAUCAGGCAAUUCAGACAUUUAUGAUGCCAUAUCUAAAAGCUCGACAAAUUUUGUUCAAAAUCUAUAGCUUAUAAAGUUAGAAGCCAGAAUAGUUUUUGUUGACUGACUAUAUGAAGAUAUAUAUAAAUAAUCGUCCCCGUGAGGGGGGAGUAUGGGGCCCCCAUAGGGGACUCUAUACCAAGGUGCCAGGGCCUAUUUUUAAGGCGCCAGGGACUCACUGGCGCUUUGGGAUGUCAAGCCCAGCCAUGUCUGCUAUGUCUUUUUUUAAAUGUUGGAUAUAUUUCUAGUUUGUCAUUAAACAUCUGCAAAUUACAUUUUAUUUAAAGUCCUGCAUUAUUUGAUCUUGGUCUUAUGUAAAUAAAUGCUAUAAAUUGCUGCUGUGAUAAGACCUGUUUCACUAAAUAGAUUUUUAGUUUAAAAGUUCAAGUUAUUUGGAGGAUUGGCACUCUUAUCUGGUGGUUAUUUUUUUUUUAAUAUUUCAAACUAUUGUGUAGAUAUGGUAAAUAAAUAUUUAUGAGACUAUUAUUUCUCCACAUGUAACAGUUUUUGAUGUGAUACCUAUAUUUCUUUGAUUUGUAACUGUUACAUGUAAAACUUUUUAUAGAUUUAAUUUCUAAUUCAUUUCAAAGAAAAUAAACUACAGAGAAUAAAUGUGCAUUUUGUAUUUA